AUGGCAGUUGGGACUGCAUCCUAUGGCCAGUGUGCCACUCAAAGGAAAAACAGUUAUGCUUUAAAACAGUUCUCAUGUUUGUCCUCUUCCCUUUCUCUUCUCCUCUGUAAUUACUUGAAGGCUUUAUCAAGACUGCAUCAGCUGAAACUUUUGGGUCACACAUUAGUUGUUGAAUUUGCAAAGGAGCAAGAGAGUGCACAGGUACUUAGCCAGCCUUCUGUCUCAGACAAGUGCAAAAGUCUAGAAGAACCAGUGAAAGAAGAAGAGAAGAUAGAACCAAACUGUAUUAAAAUAGAGAAUGGAAUUGCACCCAACCAUGGCCUCACCUUUCCCAUCAAUUCUUGCCUCAAAUAUUUGUAUCCACCACCUUCAAGUGCAAUUCUAGCAAAUAUAGCAAAUGCCUUGGCAAGCGUGCCCAAAUUUUAUGUCCAGGUACUCCAUCUGAUGAAUAAAAUGAAUCUUCCUCCACCUUUUGGACCAAUUACUGCUCGUCCUCCAAUGUAUGAAGAGUAUUUACCAGUGCCUGUGCCACCUCCCCCAAUCCCACCUCUGCCUCCUGAAGAGCCUCCUUUGCCUGAAGAGGAAGAAGGACUGUCUAGUGGGGAUGAAUCCGAAUAUGAAAGUGAUAAUGAUGAGGAAAAGGAGAGAAUGACCAAGUUGAUGGAAUUGGCAACCCUUCAGCCCAAAAGACCAAUAAACACAAAGAAGCGCGGUGUUAGAAAAAAACAAAGAAUUAAAGACAUGUUGAAUGUUCCUGUGUGUACUUCCCACAGUAACUCGCACCCUACACUGUCACCUUCAGAUGUCUUUGAGCAGCUGCAGCACGUAGGUCAUAAAAAAAUAGAGUUUCAUAUUAGUACUGAGAUCCCAGCUGUUGUUCAGACAAACCCAGAAAAAGAAGAAAAAAAUGACCUUUAUGCAACCACGGAAGAAAUCAAUAAUACAGGCUUUGGAAGGAUUUUCCCAGCUCCUAGCUCAAAUGAUAAAAUGGAAACUGAAGAGGAGGAUGAUGAAAUACCAUCAGAAUUUAUUUCUAGAAAGGAUCUAGAAAAAAACAGACUUUCUAGAGAAGAAAUGGAAAAAUAUUCUGUUUUCAAAAACUAUGAGCCAGGUGAUCCAAAUUGCAGGAUAUAUGUGAAGAAUUUAGCUAAACAAGUUCAAGAAAAGGACCUUAAGUUCAUUUUUGGAAGAUAUGUUGACUUCCAGUCAGAGGUGGAACGCAAUAUGUUUGACAUCCGUUUGAUGAAAGAAGGCCGGAUGAAGGGACAGGCUUUCAUUGGACUUCCCAAUGAGAAAGCAGCUGCUAAAGCACUGAAAGAAGCAAAUGGCUAUGUCUUAUUUGAAAAACCCAUGGUGGUUCAAUUUGCUCGUUCAGCUAGACCAAAACAGGAUGCCAACGAAGGGAAAAGAAAAAAGUAAAACCCUGCACAAGGUCCCUUUUGUGUUCCUUCUCUUUCAAGUAUUAUCAAGCUGGGGAAGAAGCAGUGUCACCAUCAGGACUCUUGAACUGUGCGUAGUUGCAUUUCUAAAGUAUUUAAGGCAGAGAAUAAAUUUUCCCAUCUUAAAGAUAUCUGUAAUCUUUAAGUAUAACAAGACUUACUACAUCAUAAAUGUAUGUUAGAUUGCUUGUGAAAUCUAAUAAAUUAUUUAACUUCU